AUGGAUAUUGUAAUAAAGGAUAAAGCUACAUGGAUGAUUGCAUUCCACCUUGUACUAAUGACAAUCGCGUCUAUCGCUGGUAUGAUAGGAUGGAUUUGGUCUGUAUUGAUAGUACCACUAAAGAAACCAGUAUGUGUAUCUACAAGUGCUGGAGAUUCUGGAAAAUCAAAAAAACCUCAACCUAGAGCAAAUAGCUAUGAUACUACCAACAGCAAGGAAGAUACAAUGUGGGCGGUAAUCAAACGUGUAUAUUCACCGUUCCUAAUGUGUAUGUGCGGCUGGCCGCAAAAGAAUUUUUAUAGUCCUGGUAUUAUCCCCUAUGCACUUGUGGAUAGGAGUUUGUGCCACCCUAUAAAUAUCAUACUAAUGUUUUUCAGCUUCUGUGUCACGUUCACGGUUUACUUUGUCAAGAAGUAUUCCCCGAGUAUUAGUAGACCUUGGGGGAGACCACCUAAAGGAUGCCACCUUGUGUGGUUAUUUAUGUUACCAAUGCUUUGCUGUAUGCCAAUAGUCUAUGUAGCUAUGCACUAUCCCCUGGGCAUUUUGCACAGGGCUUUACGGAAUAACCGUAUAACUGUAACAAUACUAGCGAUAAUUGUCAAUGGCAGUACCACCGUGUUAGAUAACAUGGGUUAUAUCGGGGUAUCGGCGUGUUCUAAAGACAGCAAGGGUAACCGUGGACCAAAUGCGAUGCGAGUUAUCGCUAUGACAUCUUUCACCGCACAAUUCAUAACAUCGUUCACCUACAGGAUGAGUACCGGGUACUUGCUGGUCUGGAGGAAAUAUGUAGAUGAUAUAUGUAACACAGCACCCACUGAGGACAUGGAUUGGUUCAGUCGUUUUAUAUUCUGGGCCACUACUUCGAACAUAUAUGCGGGUUAUGACUUUGUUAAUGAAUUUAAAGGUAACAUCAAGGAUGUGGUUGCUCACGAUGUCGAAAUCGACUAA